AUGCGAGCGGCUGCCAUGAAUGGAAGGCACGCAGUUCUUCUUUAUCGUUUGCCGACGAGCCUGUCUCGCUGGAAUUCGACGACGGCGGCGAGCUCGACGCCGCCAACGGCGGAAUUGAAGAAGGAGAUCGACGAAUGCUAUAAUCGAUUGGAUUUGUCGUUUAAAAACACAAAGGAAGCCUUUAAGAGCAAAUCGAACACCGAGCUUGUGCGCGCGCUCGUCGUUCUCCGCUUAUGCGGCAUCAAGCCGCUCGUCGACAAUAAUCAGGCGAUUCUUGCGACUAUGCGUCGAGUGCUCGGCAAAAAUUUGUUCAAAAAAGUGCUAAAAAACACGUUCUAUGGUCAUUUUGUAGCCGGUGAGACGGAAAGCGAAGUGGGACCGGUGGUGGCGAAAUUGCGCCAAUUUGGCGUGAAAUCGAUUCUCGAUUAUUCGGUUGAAGCCGACAUUACCACUCAGGAAGCGUCGAAUAAGACGGUGGCCGGCGCUUCGACGGCCAAAGUUGUGCCGGAGGAUUUGAAUCCGGCUAUCGAUGCGGCCACCGCUGAAGCGACACGACAUCGCUACACCGUGCAGGAGCAGUUUGGCGAUCGUCGUGAAGGCGUCUCAGGUGCCAGAACGUAUUUCUAUGAGGGCGAAGAGCAGUGCGACGCGAAUCGCGACAUCUUUAAACGAUCGAUUGAUUCGGUGGCGACGGUCACCGGCGGCGAGGGAUUCGUGGCCGUGAAAAUCACGGCACUUGGACGGCCCCAAUUGUUGUUGAAGUUGUCGGAAGCCAUUGUGCAGACGCAGAAUUUCUUCAAGGCGCUCACCGGACAGGACAAAGUGCAAGACGCUCGACUCAACGAGCAACAAUUUGUCGAGAAGCUCAAAGAGCUCGGCGUGAAGACCGACUCGGCGUCGGCGCGCGAUUUUUUUCGCAAAGUCGAUUUUGACGCCGACGGCGUUGUCGAUUUGCACGGAUGGAAUCACAUUCUCGACGAUCACGUUCGUCUCGGCCAACUGUUCCAGGUGUUGAACAUCAAGACCGGCGAAUUGGAGCCGCUCAUUCAAAAUUUGAGCGAGUCGGAAGAGCAAGAGUUUCGAAAUAUGGUGAGAAGAACGCUGGAUGUUGCCGAGUAUGCGAUAUCGAAGAAUGUUCGAAUUAUGGUGGAUGCUGAGCAGACUUACCUUCAACCGGCGAUCUCGAAAAUCACCAUCGAAAUGAUGAAAAGAUACAAUAAGGCGCGUGGAAAUGUGUUCAACACAUAUCAAGCCUAUCUUAAAGGCACAUUGCAAGCUAUUGAAGCUGACAUGCAGGUCGCUCGACGAGAGGGAUGGCAUUUUGGGGCGAAACUUGUCCGCGGUGCUUAUAUGGAGCAAGAGAGGAAACGAGCGGCUGCUGUCGGUUAUGAGGAUCCGGUGAAUCCGGACUUUGAAGCGACGACGCGAAUGUAUGAGGCUUGCCUGACGCGAAUUGCCGAUGAGGUGGCGAGACGAGGCAAAACGAAUGUGUCGGUGAUGAUAGCGAGUCAUAACGAGGAGACGGUCAAAUUUGCGGUGAAUUUGAUGAAGGAGCGCUGCAUCGCGCCAUCGGAACGCGUCAUGUGUAUGGCGCAAUUGUACGGAAUGUGCGAUCAGGUGUCGUUCUCGCUCGGACAAGCCGGCUACUCGGUUUACAAAUAUCUACCGUACGGUCCGGUUGACGAGGUGCUGCCGUAUUUGAGUCGGCGCGCGAUCGAGAAUGGAAGUGUGCUGAAGAAGGCGAACAAAGAGCGCGAGCUGUUGUGGACGGAGCUGAAGAGGCGGAUUGCUAGCGGCGAGCUGAAAUACAAAGUGCCAACGAAUUAA